CACUGAUGAUGGGUACUGAUAGACAGCACUGAUAGGUGGCACUGACUGGCACAACCGCUGGGCACUGACUGGCACAACCGCUGGGCACUGACUGGUGCCACUGACUGGCAGCACUGCUGGGCUGCACUGAUGGGCUUUGGUGGGCACAGGUGGGUGGCACUGGUGGGCACAGGUGGGUGGCACUGCUGGGCACAGGUAGGUGGCACUUCUUGGCACACUUGUGUGACACUGUUGGGUGGCACAGGUGGGUGCAUUGCUGGGCACAGGUGGAUGCACUGCUGGGCACAGGUGGGCGGAGUUAGUGGGCACAAGUGGGCGGAACUUGUGGGUGGCACUGCUGGGCACUGAUCAUCAGGGCACUGAUCAACA